GCACUAGAUUGGCUACCAGUUUCAUUGAUUAAUAGACUGCCAAUAUUGAUGUUGCUAAACAUUUAUUGUUCUAUCAUGUACCAUAUUUAAUGUUACUGGAUAACAUUUGUUACCAAGUGUACAUGUGACUACCGCCUGUAUGUGGAUUGGUGAUGCCUUAAUCAGCUCGAUGAUGUUACUAUGCUAACAUGCGUAGGAGAAUAACAUGGCGAAACAAAUAAGUGAGAUAGUGGAGGAAAUCCGCCGUCUUGCACAAAAGAAUAAGAUUAAAGAGCUGGUCAAAUUGCUGUCGGAUCUUGCAUACAAAUAUGAGAAGAAUCCACGUCGGCUUAUCGCAGUGAUCACUUUGCGGAUUUAUUACAAUAUACAGCUGAAUGCAAGCCAGAAUGUAGUGGCCGACUUCAACUUGAUAAAGUCUCCUUAUAGUGACAAGUGGCUAUACGAAAGCUAUCCUGAUAAAUAUGGCGACAGAAGAGGUACUAUGUGCCCCUUUAGUCUCUACUUGAUGUAUUGUUACUACCCUUAUGUCAUGGGUUCGAUGUACACGGCGCUCGAUAGGUUUUAUAGCCUGCGCGAAUACCUUGAACACCAGUUGUCGGAGAAUCCACAACAAAGUGAAGUAUACGAUUCACGCAUUGUAUGUGUAGGACUACUAUUGAUCGACAUUCUGAUGAGUGAGAAGAGGCUGACGGACGCACUGACUGAGCUCCUAUCAAUGCAAAGAGCGCAUUCUAAAAUGAGCCACGUCAUAAACGCCAUGAUAGCAUUGGUGUACACUCAGAUUGGGGACAUAACCAACGCGCAAAAACAUAUAGAAAAUGCCAUAGAAGCCGGAUCGAAAAUUACGGAGAUAUACCGUGGGUUACGUAGCGCAUUGCUCGGCGACUUUGAUAACGCUUAUAGUAUUUUUAAUGCGACCUUACCGCUCUUCAAAGAUGAAGAACCAAGCUCAGUGGUCACUGCAUGUGAAAAUUUAGUUCUGAACAAUAUCGCAGUUACUUUGUUCUAUAUGAACAACGCAGCAGCAGGUAAAGUUAUUAUCGAUUCCUGCAAAAACGUACACAAGACCGCCAAGAUAUUCAGAGCGGUAACUAUGAAUACCACAAUGCUGAAGGAAUUGGCAAUGGAUAUCGAUACGAAAGCGGUACAGGUACCGGGAGAAACCCCAAAAUAGUUGAAUAUCGGCAAUUAGAUCACAGCAUACUAAGGGUUAUGUCGUCAGAUGCCCAUGCCCUAUCUUACAAGGGAAUCAUGUAUACACCUUUCGUUGCUUGAUGAUUGUGACAAUCAUCGUUACUGUUCAUCCCGAUGAAAUACAAGGUUAAAAUGCGUGCUAAUAGAGUCCACAAGCUUCGCUCUACUCGAAAUAAACGAGGUGUGACCAAUCAGAGCACAUGUGUAAGGUAACCUUGGCUCGAGGUAAUAGUACAGUGACACGAAGGCCCCCAUUGGGUAUAAA